AUACCGCUCUCGUUUUCAUUCGCUCUCCAUGACUCUAUCUCUCCAGUAUUUGACGCGAAGACGCACGUUUAAAAUUUCUCACAGCGUAUCUUACCAUAUAUUACCGUAAUGCGGGAUUUGGAGGCACGUGAUGCCUCCCCCGGGUGGAGUCGGUGGGGCGAUCUCACCAUAGGUACGCCAUACCGCUUUGGGAAGUACCCUGAAUCACGGGACCAGCCCGGGGAUGCAACCAUCAUCGUUCGUCAUCGAAAGAGGUGCCCUAAAUAUAAUACUCCAUACUCCAUACACACACCCCCGGAAAAGAAUGAAUAUAUCAAAGUCGACGUUUUCUGCGGUAUCUUGUAUAUCAAAACACAAACCCACAAGGCGCACUCCCGUAGAGGCCCACCGCUCGCGGUUGGGUUCCCUCGCUAUCUUAUAUGGUAAAACCCUCUGACUCCCAUGGUCUCCAGCAAUAGCAGAGAAGUAGAAGACGUGAAAUGGGAUCAGAAUGAAAAGAAAAUGGAAUAAAACUCCUCACCGUUCCGCCGCAUCACUAUCACAUAAAAGAACAGAUAAGGGGGUACAUAACAUUGAAGGUAAAAUGACGAGGGGAAUAAAAGAAGAAAUAAGACAGGUCGUAAAAU